AUGUCGCAUUGUUUCCCACCAUCAUCACCUGUUAUUGAUAUAUCGUCAGAAAGCCCACAGAAGGGACUGGGUGGAAUUAUUAAUUCCUCUAUAUUAACUCUAGGAAAGAAACGGUCUGACCAAGAAGUGGAAGAGUAUCCUACUCCGGAUCCUUCGUCGAGUAUCGGUAGACAAUCUUCGCCAGUGAAAGACGAAAAUUCGUGUUUAGAUGAUGCUAACUCCACCUAUAUGUUAUCAUCCCCUUUAAAGAAAGAAAAGGGACGCGCAAAACCUAUCAAGAUUGAAUUAGAUGCAUCAGAUCCCUCUCGUUUAGCUAUUGGUAGAAAGAAAGCAGUCUGCAACGUUAUUUUGCCUUGUAGAAAAAACAUCUCUAGACAACACGCUUUCAUUUCUUAUGUUGCCGAAAGAAAUGAAAUUAAAUUGGAAUGUAAUGGGACUAAUGGAUUAUCCGUCCACUUGCCUGGUUCCAUGCAACUACAUUUGAUAAAACCUUUCCCCACAAGAAACUUCUAUAAGCUAAUGACAGAAGAGUCCUUGGCUUCACAAAACGCUAACUUAUCACAUGCGAAGGCUCUUCAGAAGAACCAUAAUUUGAUUAGCUUCGCCUUGGCGAAAGGCGAAUCUGUGACCUUCCCAUAUAUCCAAGGAACUUUAGUAAAUUUUGUUGGGGCUACAGUCUGUCUCUCGUUGAAAGAAGUAGAACGUAGGUCUGAACACUGCAACAAUAAUUUUGAUGAAGAGAAUUCGACAGAAACAGAAGAUGAACUAUGCUUAUUAUUAACGAAGAAUGAUGAUUUUCCUUGGCAAGCGGAAACACCUUCGAUGAAACUUGUUCCGGUCGAGCAUUCGCCUCUCACGGAACAGAUCUCCAAGCGGCUACUUACUGCGUCUCCUAUUACUACUAUAAAAAGUUGCAUCAUUAGUCAUAGGACGACACCGCAAUCAUCUUUCGUUAUUAAUCAGCCUUCCACUCCAAAAAAACUAAAGCGCGAAUCAGUCCCAUUGAAAAACAAUGUUAUACAGGAGACGCCGCUUCCUAAAGAUAAAGUAAUUGGAUAUCCAAGUACUAGCAGUAGAAAUGAUAAUAUUAUUGAAAAGCAAACCUUUGAAGUAAUUACGGAAAAGACGAGGGUGCUAUCUUCAAUAAGCAUAGAUGAGUCUCCUCGUAAACGUCUAAAGACUUCAUCGAAUAGUAAUUCUAAAAUUUUCCAGUCUCUUGCAGAACGAGGAAUCAUAUGUGACGACUUAGUUCAUGUGUUGUGCAAUCAUCUUGCAUUUUCCAACCUUCAACAAACCCCCCUAUCCCAAUUACGAGACAUCAAUUCUAAUACUUCCCAAUUAAGCAGAGAUGAACUAGGGGAGGUAUUGGAAACUAUCCCCUGUAUUAGCAUUAUUGUACGUACAGGGAAGGAUGCAUCAGGCAAAGCAUUAGAAAAUGAGUAUUACUAUGACAUUGAAAAUGAUGACAACGAUGAGAGAAAGAUUUUGUAUAAUUUGCUGAAAGGCGGGAGUCGAUUAAGAUCCUGUAGGAAGGAACAUAAACAGUAUUUUUGGAAAAGGCCAACUAAAUGA